CAGGAGGGGAUGCCCAUGGAGAACGGUGUGCCCCGGGAGACCGGGGGCUCCCAGCCCUCUUUGGAAGGGGGCAGGACUGCCCCGGCACAGGGAGCCACCACCGCCGCCCAAGCAAACGCCCCCCACCCGCCCCGAGUGCGGCCCAGGCUCGUGUUCCACACCCAGCUGGCCCACGGCAGCCCCACGGCCAAGAUCGAAGGCUUCACCAACGUCAAGGAGCUCUACGCCAAAAUCGCAGAGGUCUUCGAUAUCUCUCCGACAGAGAUCCUCUUCUGCACCCUCAACACCCACAAAGUGGACAUGCUGAAGCUACUGGGGGGCCAGAUAGGCUUGGAGGACUUCAUUUUCGCCCACGUCCGCGGCGAGACCAAAGAGGUGGAAGUGACGAAGACGGAAGACGCUCUGGGGCUGACCAUCACCGACAACGGGGCAGGAUACGCCUUCAUCAAGCGCAUCAAAGAAGGCAGCAUCAUCAACCGGAUCCCGACCGUCUGCGUCGGAGACAGCAUCGAGGCCAUCAACGACCAAACCAUCGUGGGAUGCCGCCAUUACGAAGUUGCCAAGAUGUUGCGGGAGAUGCCCAAGGCCCAGCCGUUCACCAUGCGCCUCGUUCAGCCCAAACGCGCCUUUGACAUGAUCAGCCAGCGGACACGGAGCACCAAGAACCCCGGCGAGGGGAAAGUGGCAACUGGUCGGGAGACACUUCGGCUAAGGGCGAAGGGCACAGCCACUGUGGAAGAGGCGCCCAGUGAAUUUGAGGAGGAAGCAGCUCGAAAAGUGGAUGACCUUUUGGAAAGUUACAUGGGUAUUCGUGAUGUGGAACUGGCAUCGACCAUGGUGGAGAUGGCCAAGGAGCGCCAGGGCCCUGAAGAAUUUUCCCAGGGCCUUGACUCACUGCUGGGCGAAUUUGCAUUUCCAGAUGAGUUUGUGGUGGAGGUCUGGACAGCUAUCUACGAAGCCAAGGGAUGCUCCAAGUAG